GAUCGCUGGACAGGCGAUGCACGGUUCACUCAUCCGACCCAGACGACCAGCGGACUGGACGGACCGACGGGACCGGGACGAGCCGUCACACGUCAACACCGAGCCGCAACCACUCGACACGCGUUCUCUGUCGCGGGGUUUUUUUUUUUUUUUUGGAGCCGAUCUUGUUCCUCAAAUAUUUUUUCAUCAGACUAAGCUGUCAAAACGACAAAGUGACAGAUUCACGGUGGUUCUCGCUGCAGAUUUUCUGGACAUGACUCUGGAGGAUAAGCUGACAACAGCCGCAGCCACGGGGAACACGGCGGAGGUGAAGGAUCUCCUGCGGGAAGGAGCUCAAGUUAACGGGGAGAACCGCUUAGGACGGACGGCUCUACAGGUGGUGAUGAUGGGGAGCACGCCGGUGGCUCGGCUGCUACUGAGCCACGGAGCGGAUCCCAACGUGCCGGACAGGAGCACCGGGAGCACACCGCUGCACGACGCGGCCAGGACCGGCUUUCUGGACACCGUGCAGCUGCUGGUGCAAUUUAAGGCUGACCUGCAGGCCAGAGACAAAAGAAACUGUGAGCCCAUCGAUGUGGCCAGAGAGCACGGCCACGCAGAGGUGGUCGAGUAUCUGCAGUCUUUGGUAAACGGACAGUGACGCGACGGGGACUCUGAGGACUCUGAGGAGCGAGGCCUGCAGAGGCCCGCAGCGACGUUAUGCACAGACUGCUCUGCUGUUCAAACACUUUAUUUAUUGGUCUUUUUCUUUGUGCUGAUAGGCAUCGUUAUUUUCUUUCUUAACGAAAUCAGGGUUAUUGAUAGUCGUAGGGUCGCUAUUGUGAGAAAUAAUAAAUAAUCCCUACAAUAUGAUACGGAUCUAAAACCAGCUAUUCGGCAUAUUCAGUUUACAGCCAAAUGAGCACCAUGUGUUGCAUGUUGGUUUUAUUCCCCCCCCCCUGUAUAAUUCAAAUUUGCUUAUAAGUAAUUCCACUUGAGUUGGUUUUACUAUAUUAUUCAGUAAUUCGUAUUUUAAAAAUAGGAUUAUUAGUAUUGGGUAUUAGAAUGCCGUAUUUUAAAUAUCUUUCCAAGUGAAAUAUUUAACCAAAAGCCAUUUAAAAUGUUUUGCACAUUGAACAUGAGUGUCUACGCUGUUCUGUAAGCAUUAUCUUUAUACUGCAGAAAUUGGAGUCCCACUUCCUGUUUGUACAAAUUAUAUUCAGAACUCCUUUAUUAUGCACUUUAAUAAAAUGUAAGGUUUCGUGUUUUAAGGUAUAAUAUAUGAGAAUCAGUAGUAAUAUGCUUCGGAUAUUGUCUGAAGGACGGGUUACUGAAAGGUA